AUGGCUGAAGAAAAAACAUUUCGCUAUGGACUUAUUGUCCUGGGAUUCUUUCUGGUCAUGAUCGGCAUGUUCAUAAUGAGUGUGGAGAAACCACAAAUCUAUAUCACCUUCUGUACCCUGGGAGUCUUGGUCAUUGCUGUGGGCAUCAUCUGGAGCAUGUGCCAGUGCUACCCAAAGAUCAGAGUUGUUUCCAUUGACUCGGAGUCUGAGAAGUUUCUUGUAAAGAACCCAGAGUCUGAAAAGUUCCUUGUGAAGAAGUUGGCUGCCUCAUCAUCAAUUGAAAAUAAAAUUCCUGAGAAGAAAAGUUUGCAAACCCAAUACACAAGCCAGAAAGAAGCUGACAUAUAUGAGAAAAGCCUGCCGACUUAUGAACAGAUCCAGACAAACAGUUCUGCUGAAUGCUUGGGAACAUUGCCUGUCCCAGUGCCACUGGUCAGGACAGGAAGACAUCUCCAGCCACAUGUACAUGCCAAAGCAGAAGUACACAGGGACUCCGAGAGUAAUGGGAAUCCUAACAGAGAUGCAACAACAGGGCUGAACUGCCCAUCUAAGAAGUUUCCAAAGGCUGCACCAUUAGCAUCUCUUCAAGAAGAAGUGGACACAACUUCCCUGGACUCCACUUCCAACAGCCCAUUUUUACAGAGAUGGAAAGAUGUCCCCAAUCCCAUGUCUCUAACAGGAAGCCAGCUCCAAUUCAAGCUUCCUUCUUACGAAGAUUUUGCUUUGAUUGAUUCCCUGGUGGUGGAAGGCCAGGAGCAAAGCCAUGAAAAUACCGUGGUUCCAAGCCAGAGCUGUUGCUCUGUUCCUCCUACAGCAAGUGAUGGCAUUGUGAGAAUAGCAGGUGGUGGUUCUCUGGAACGCAGCAGAGCCUUGCAGGAGGCAGAAGAGGAUGAUUUAUACUAUGGGAUCCGAGAGGAUCCAAGAGACACCUUUCCUUCUGCGGCUGCUAUUGCUGAACCAAAGCCAUAA